AUGACGAGGGGCAGCGAGAACUUCCUCGGUGACGCCCCCACGAUGACCACCACCGUCGAGCUCGCCACAGUCCCCUCGGCCGACACCCCCGGCUCCUCCAUUUAUCUGCACCAUGACAAGCGUUCCUACAUCUUCGGCCGCGUCGCCGAGGGCACCCAGCGUGCCUUUGGCAGCCGCAAGAUCUCCAUCGGUCGCACCGAUCACGUCUUCCUCAGCGGGCCCGUCUGCUGGAACCAGAUGGGCGGCCUCAUAGGCUACCUCCUCAGCGUCGGCGGCGCCGUCGACGCGGCCCGCGAGAACAUCAUCCAGGAGAACGUCAAGCGCGAGGGAAAGGGCCAGAAGCCCCUCAAGCAGAUGGAGCACGGGGGCAUCGGCGUCCAUGGUGGCGACAACCUCUGCCACAUCCUCGCCGCAUGCCGCCCCGUCAUCUUUCGCCAGCCCAUCAGCGUGCACACGCACGAGCAUAGGGCCGACCCGAGAGCGGCCGACGCGACCAAAACGGACCCAGACUGGAGCGACGAUGCCAUACGAGUGUGGAAGCUUCCCAUACGGAGAGCGCGGUCCAGCAGCCCCCCCAAGCGACGCCACACCAGCCUCGAGCCUGUCGACGGCGUCGCGACCGACAAUGCAGACCCGGACGAGACAUACAAGUUGCGCGCAACCGUUUCCGACCCUCAGGUUGCUGCCAUGAUUGUCGAAAGACUCAUGUUCAGCGGUAGCCUCAACAACACAUCUGUUCUCGUGCGGCGCAAGAUCCGCGACCUCAAGCCCGCGGAUUUGGCCGUCGUCGUGGAACAAGGCACCGUCAAGCCGUUCAACAAGUCGAGUUCCCCAACCACCGGUGCAGAGACUCGGGACCAAGACGAAACAGUCUGGGUCUUCCCCGACCCGAAAGAUACGGCAGGCCGCGGUGAGGCCGGCGACAACGUUCUGAGAAUCAGAAACUUUCCCCUCCCCCGUACCACCUACAGCGAAACGUCCAUGUCUUACAUCGUCAAGUGCCACGAUCGCCGUGGCAAGUUCAACGCCCCGGCAGCCAAGGCGCUCGGCGUGAAGCCAGAGGACUUUAAGCACUUGACCUUUGGGCAGAGUGUGCAGGGCAAGGACGGUAUAACGGUGACUCCAGAUAUGGUCCUAGGAGAGCCGCAACCAGGCAAAGGCAUUGUUAUCGCCGACAUUCCCUCGCAUGACUUCGUGGAUGCCUUCACGGAGCGUCCCGAGUGGGAUGUCCCUGAAUUCAUGGAGAAUAUUGCCGUCGUGUAUUGGCUUCUCGGCCGAGGCAUGGCCGACGACCCAGCCAUUCAGUCUUUUAUCAAGAAGCACCCUCAGAGCAAGCACGUAUUUUGCGCAGAAGAUACCUGCCCCAACAUGGUGACGCAUCCAGGCGCUGCGGAGAUCCAGGUAAAGAUGAGGCGAAUCGACUCCAAGAGAUUUCCCCUCGCCAACUUCGACAAUACAGUUGAGCAUCCGGCGCCGGCGCCCGAUUCCUCCAUGGAGCUUGGCCGCGCGGGGACGAAGCUGCAGCUGAUGCCCCGCCUGGUCUUUGACGACCAGGCCAUGGCUCCGUUUCCGGACCUGGUCGGUGCCUCACAGGCCGUGGACGAAGCCGUGCUGGUGCUGGCCGAGCAAGCCAGGACCGAGGCUUCAGACCCGAGACUCUUGGCCAGGAUACAAGAGACGGAGAAGGACAUACCGAAUAGAGACGCGGAGGUUAUACCCCUGGGCACCGGCUCAUCGGUACCCAGCAAGCACCGCAACGUAUCGGGGACGCUCAUCGUGGUCCCCGGCAUCGGCAACUACCUGCUCGACUGUGGCGAGGGCACGCUCGGGCAGAUACGCCGCGCGUUUGGUGCCGAGCAAGCCGCCGACGUGCUCCGCAACCUGCGGUGCAUCGUCAUCAGCCAUCUCCACGCCGACCACCACCUGGGCGCUGCCUCGCUCGUCAAGGCUUGGUACGAGCAGACGCUCAAGGACAAGAGCAACGCGACGCUCGCCAUCUCGUGCAUCGGCCGUUACAGGUCGAUGCUGGAGGAGUUGUCGCAGGUCGAGGACAUUGGUUUCCACCGGCUGCGCUUCCCCAGCUGCCCCUGGGAGACCAGGGACCGCGACCGCGACGUGACGACGCGCAAGGACCUCGGCGACGACAACUUUGGCCUCGCGUCCAUCAAGCGCGUCCCCGUGCCGCACUGCUGGCGCUCCUACGGCACCCAGCUCGAGCUCACGUCGGGCCUGCGCAUCGCCUACUCGGGCGACUGCCGGCCCUCGAGCGCCUUCGCCCAGGCCUUCCGCGGCGCGCACCUCCUCGUCCACGAGUGCACCUUUGGCGACGACAAGCAGGACCACGCGCGCGCCAAGAGCCACUCCACCAUGGGCGAGGCCCUCGGCGUCGCCCGCGAGAUGCGCGCCCGCCGCACCCUGCUGACGCACUUUUCGCAGCGCUACACCAAGGCCGACAGUCUGCGGCGACACGGUCCCAAUGACGGCGAGGGUGAAGGCGAGGGCGAGGGCGUGGAGCACGCGGCUGGCGAUGGGGGCGAGCAGAACGAGCACGAGCACGAGCACAACGUGCUGCUCGCCUUUGACCUCAUGAGGGUCCGCCUGGGCGACUUCCAGGAGGCGGCCUGCUACGUGCCCGCCGUGCAGGCGCUCAUGGAGAAGCUGGCGGACUAA